GUGUAGUAUAGUUGGAAGAUAAACUAACUGACAUUUAUUAAUUUUUGACCAUUAACAUCUUUCGUAAAAUUUUAUCCUGAGUGACAAGCUUAUUUGAUGUUUUGUUUUAUUUAUAAUUUUUUUCUAGUUUUAUCUCAUCAAGAUAUGAGGUAGUUUAAAAGUUAAACCAAUAUUAAUAACAGUCUUUUAAAUACAAUGAAGAUCAAAGUAGACCUCUUUCACACUCCUUUUCUCAUUAUUUAUGUUACCGAAGAAUGUGUUAGUUUCUCUGAAGAAAAUACUUAUUUAAGGUUAUUAAGUUCCUUUGGCGAUUUAAGGAUUGCAAAAAAAAUCAAUACAGAAGACAGAAAAGGACGUCGUAAAAGUUUGAAGUUUAUCCUAAGUGCUUUAUACCUACAACCCUUUAUGAAAAUAUGUGCAAAUUCUACACUUUUUAGGAGAAAUAUCAAUAAUUUAUACGAACUUAGCGGUAACAAGAGUGAGACAAGAUUUUUAAAAUUAAUACUAGAACCACCUGAUAAAGAAAUUCUAGACUAUGCUUGGAAUGAAAGAGUUUCGUAUUUAGUAUGGAGUAAAAUUGAAAUAGAAAAUGCAUUUGCAUGGCUAUCUACUUUAGGAGGAGCAUAUUCUGCAUUAGGUGACUACUUUGAGCACUGUGCUGAAGAAGCAGGCAGAAUUUCUGUUAGACAAUAUAGACUAUCACAAAUGCUUGGAGAUGAAAGCCUUGCUGCUCGAAGUAAACUAUAUUCAGCGCUGGCAUUUGCACAAACGGGCAACUUGAAGUUAUCAAGACAAAUUGUUAGAAAAGUUGCAGAAUUUGCUAGAUCUACUAACGAUAAGCGUCUCAAUAGGAUGUGUCAGGGUGUUUGGGCUAAACUGAAGUAUCUACGGCAAUUAAGUCAGGGUAAUGUAAGGGCAAAGGUGUAAAUAAAUAAUUUAUUUUUUAUUC